ACCCCUCGCCUAGGGGCCGGUGUCCGGCUCGCAGUGUGGAGACUCGUCGCUGGCCGGAUCCAGCCUGCGGCCCCCGCUUAGCCCAAGCCCCUGGGCUGCAGCCCCUAGAGCCCCUGGGCUGAGGGGACCGAGGCUGGCGGUUGGAGGCAGUUUGGAGCGACUGGGGCGCGCGGCCUGGCCGUGUCAUGACGAGGGCGUGUCGGAGGUUGCCCGGCCCGGGAAUGCGGCUGAGGGAGGCUCCUGCUGGGGCUGCCACCGGGGCGGGCCGGGGAGCGGCUCGGGGGCUGAUGCUACUCGGCAGAAGGAGGAGGGGCUGGCGCAGAGACUUGGAGUCGGGAGGCGGCGGCGGCGGCGAACUCGGAGCAGCCAGGUUUUUGCAAUUCCUAAGUAUUUGGCCUUUUCCGAGUAAGUAAUAUGGAGAUGGAGAGGAUGAACACGGAUACGUCUGGUGAGGAGGAAGAAAAGGAAAACAAUGACAGAAACUCUAGAGUUUGUACUAGCUGUGACAAGAUCCAUGAGUCCAUUUCCAAAUGGAUGCUUCCUGAAAAUGCCAGAGGAACCUACCUGGAAAGAGCAAACUGUAUCCCUCCUCCUCUCUUCAUCAUUUCGAUUAGUAUAGCUGAGCUGGCUGUAUUCAUUUAUUAUGCUGUUUGGAAGCCCCAGAAACAGUGGAUCACACUGGAUACAGGUGUCUGGAACAGUCCCUUUAUUUAUAGGCCUGACAAGAGGGAAGAAGCUUGGAGAUUCAUUUCAUAUAUGCUAGUGCAUGCUGGCAUUCAACACAUUUUAGGAAAUCUCUUUCUGCAACUUAUUUUGGGGAUCCCCUUAGAAAUGGUUCAUAAAGGGCAUCGGGUUAGUCUGGUGUAUCUCGCAGGAGUGAUUGGAGGUUCCUUGGCUAGCUCAGUCUGUGAUCCGCUCCAGGCUCUCGUAGGGGCUUCAGGAGGAGUCUAUGCUCUCAUUGGAGGAUACUUUAUGAAUAUUUUAGUGAACUUCAGAGAAAUGAUUCCUUUGUUUGGAGUCUUCAGAUUGCUCCUCAUUGGGAUUAUAGUUGGAACAGAUAUGGGAUUUGCUCUGUACAGAAGAUUUAUCGCUCCUGUGAAUGGGCCUCAAAUUGAGCUCCUGCAGUCUAUCUAUUGAUCACUAUAAGGUCACUGGAAAAAAAUGUUAAAUUGUGUAGGACCAAGAAGUGAUCCCUGAGGGACCCCACUGGAAACAGACCUGCUUAAUGAUGAUUCCUUUGCAACUAAAUUUUGAGCCAUUUUUUAGUCUUUUGAAUGUAUGCCAUGUUAAUUCUAUAUUGUUGUAGUUUUUAAUCAAAAUGUUGUGUCAAACGCUUUUCAGAAGUUUAUGCAUAGUAGGUCAACACUAUUGCCUUAUCAACCAAAUUUAUAAUCUCAUAAAAAUAUGUAAAUUAGUUUUUCAGGAUCUAUUUUCCAUAAACCCAUGUUGAUUUUCAUUCAUUACAUUACUCUCCUUCAAUUCUUUAUUAAUUGAGUCCUGUAUCAGCCACUCCAUUAUUUUGAUCAAGAUUGAUAUCAGUCUGACAAGCCUAUAAUUACCCAAGUUACCCUGUUUAUUCUUUUUAAACAUUGGCACAACAUUACCUUUCUUCCAGUCUUCUGGAACUUCCCUGGUGCUCCAAGGAAAAUCAAUUUAUUGAAAAUCAAUGGUCCAGGGAGCUCCUCAGAUGGCUUUGUUAAAUCUCUUGGAUGCAAGUUAUCUGGACCUGCUGAUUUUAAAAUGUCUAAUAUUAGUAGCUUCUGUUUAUCAUUUCCAGAGAUACUAAUAGAAUGGAAAGACUGUUAUCACCAUAUGGUGAGAAUAUCAUGUUUUUUCCCAAAUACAGAACAGAAAUAUUUAUUGACCACUUCUGACUUUUCUGUAUUAUUAUUAAUUCUACCAUUUCCAUCUAGUAGUGGGCCAAUACCAUUGUCAGGACUUUUUUGUUCGUAAUAUAUUAAACAAAUUCCUUCUUACUGUCCUUAAUUGUGUUAGCCAUAGAUUUCUGUGUCCCUUUACUUCCCUUCUCAAUUUUCUACAGUUCCUAACUUCUGAAUUAUAUUCAUAUACUAUCAGCUUUCCAUUUGUUCCAUUUGUUACUUUUUUUAUAGCUGCCUUCAUUUCCCCUCUAAACCAGGAGCCUUCUUCCUCAAUUGUGGGAUUGUGACUUUUAGUUAGGUGUUCUUUGAUGGUUCCCAAUUAUCAUUCACAUUUUUCUGAUUAAAUUCUUCCUCUCAGCUACUUGGCUUAUAAAAAGUUGAAGAUACAUUUGUUAACUUAGAUAAUGUAUAGGCAUCCAGAGAUGGGAUGGGUGCUUAUUAUAUUAUCUAUAUACAUUGUAAUAAGCUGUUACCUCUGUCUGAGACCAAGAUUUUUGGUAUAUUUUAAAGGCUUCUUUUCUUGUAGAAGCUGUAUCCAGCCGUGAAACUGGCUACAUAUUUAAUAAAAUACUAUCUUUAUGGAAUAAAGCAUGGCAUGUAGAUUUCUCCACUAUACUGUCAAUGUACUUGUGUAGUAAUUCUUGCAGGUAACUUACUACUGAUUAAGAUAACUGCGGGUCUAUGUUAAACUCAGAGUAAGUAAAGCAAGACUUUUAUCCCUUGCUGUCUAUUGCUUAAUCACAAUGGGCAUACUAAGAGAAGUAUAGUUGUGUUUAAGAAUUACUAUGUAUUUGAGCAUGGACAGCACACUCAUCUUUCAGAACAAAUGGCAGACAAGGGCACUGCCCUUGAACUAUUUAAAUUGUAAUAAAUAGCACAGUCCCCAUAAAUAAUUUUUUAUGAAAAAUGGUGUGGGGAGGAAGAGGUGUGGUGGAAGAGAGGUUGAAGGAGUGGUAAACCAGGUCAGGAAUACUGUUCUGUUAACAUAGGGGCUCGUGGUAUAAAGCAGGAAGGAAAUUAGGACAUGCCUAGGCAUGCAUCUUGAGCACAGGCAUGGAGAAGAAUAGAAGAGAGGUAGCCAGGAGCAAGGAGGGAGCCCAGAAGGCAGAAGCCUGAAAAACAGACAAGGAGUUUGAAUUUAAUGUGGAAGGUGAGAAAACCACUAAGGGACUUAAAGAAGGGACAGAUGUGGUAGGAGCAGUGGUGAUUUUUACAGAAUACUUUGGAACAAUUGAGGGGUGUGAGAGAUGAGGUCAGAAAGGCUGCCACAGGUGAAGUGAGACUUGACUGACAUGGUCAAGGGUUUGGAGUGUGGGAAUAGAGGAACAGGUGGAUUCUGAAGAUGUUGAAGAGACAAAAUUGGUAGGAUUUAUUGACAGAAUCCAUGUUGCAGAGAAGAGAACAGAGGAGUUGAAAACCACACUGAGAUUAAUUAUUUGAGGACAGGGAGGAUGGUGGUAGUGCCCACAGUGAUAGAAAGAAGACUGCGUUCAGUUUUCUUCAUGUUGAGUUCAAGCUGAUUGCAAUAUAUCCAAAAGGAAAUAUUGGAGACACAGCUGGAGAUGGUGUGACUGAGUGAAGAUGGGGAGGUAGAUGUGAAAGACAUCAGCAUAGAGGUGAUGGAUUAGAUGCCCCCAGGGGUAAUAUGAAAAGGGAAAAUAAGGCCAAAUGAAAGAGGUCUGAGAGACAUUGUCAGUGAACCCUGUUCAGAUGUAGACUUCUUAUUGUUCAAGAACUUCAUUGGGACAGAAUGGACUAAUGUACUUUCACCCCUACAGACUUACACUGAAAUCCUGAUUAUGACACAAGAUAUUUGUUGUUCUCAGCCUUGCCCUUAAAUUAUUUGGGGCAGGGACAUGUUAUAUUUGCCCCCAUUAUGUAGCUCAAUUUAAACUAUUAACUGACAGUGCUAUACAUGAAUAUCUUUGUCUCAAGAGUCACUGAUAAUUCGACAAUGAAAUGACAGCAUGGACUACAUUAUGUCAGUUAUUUCUGAUUCAAAUAGCUGCAUUUCAGUUAUAGACAGUGUUAUUUACAUUAUAAACGUAACUCACAAUUUGUAAUUAGCAACUCUGCUAGACACCUGGGACUGGAUAGCAGGCUUGUUAGUGUCAACAUUGAGUGACAACAUAUAUAUAUUCCACACACACUUGAAGCUAACAUGACAUCUGCUUGCUCCGAAGUCUCUCUUGCCAGCUACAUUAAUCCCUUAUUUCCUUAAGUAUUAAAUUUACCUACUAACUUUAAAACUCCAUUUGUAGUAGUUGGGCAGUGCUACAGGUAUAUUGUCAAACUAAAUCUGUAUUUUGGACUAUGGCAUCUUAUUAUUUGGUUAGAAAUCUCUUCUAUUAUAAUAUUCAAAAUUUCCUCUCUUUCUGAGAAGUAAUCAGCCUUGUUCUACUGUGACCCAGUACCUGGCUGCACAAACAGCAGCGGGAGCACAGAUUAACACACCAUUCCUGGACCUCUCUUUAAUAAUCAGUUACUCUCAUAACAAGGAAGUAAACAUGGCAUAGCUGAUCGUUUGUGGCCAUCCUGAUGAUGCAAGUGUGUGUGUGUGUGUGUGUGUGUGUGUGUAUUUCAUGAUGCAUUUCUAUCUAAUAUAUCUAAUUUUCUUCUCUCUUUCAUCUAGGUUUUCAUACUGCACUCAUCACUGUGGUAACUCAGUGCUUUACAUCUAUAACUUUCCUGUUCAUCCUGAGUAUUUUUGUAUAUCACCUGCAGCCAUGCCACCUUAUACUGUGUCUUUUCAUAUCUCAAGUUAAGCAGGGUUGGGCUUGAUCACACUCUAAACUGGAAACCUCCAAGGAAUUUCUAUAUACUGUGCACACUGACUUUUAGCGAAUCAGUAGGGAACCAUGUUCCCUUAGAGUCAGUUCUGAAGGAAUGUCCCAGCAUGGCAUUAGGGACAUGCAUAUUUUGGAUGAGGCAUAAAACUGUGAUCAAAGAUGUCAUGACUGUCUUCAUAAAUUAUAUCCAAAUUCUAGCCAAAUUCCCAGUUCUGAAUAAUUUAAUUCUACCUCCCUAGAUUCAUACCUGCAGUUUUAAUUUGAUAUGUAGCUGUACACUAUUAAACAGCUACUGCCUUCCAUCAGAGUAGCUACAUUUAAAUACUAAUGAUCCCUAAGUAUCCUUUACCUAUCUCAUAGGCAUGUGUUAAAGCUAAAGUAAUAUUUAUAAGUGCUUUCAAAUCCUUGGAUGAAUAAUGUUACAGAAGUGCUGGUAUUCCUCAGUCUUGAAAUGUAACUUAACAGUUUACUUCUUUUUCUCUUAAGGUGUCCUUUGUGGCUCACAUUGCUGGUGGCCUAGCUGGGAUGUCAAUAGGUUAUGUCAUUUUCAGCUGCUUUGAUAAGAACUUUAUAAA